UGUGAACCGAGAGUCGGCCAUUUGCCUCGAGCACGUGUUCCCACUUCGCAGGUCUCGUCCAGUUUAGUCUCGCCAGUCUCACAGGCUCAAGAAUAAUUAAAAAAUGGACAAACCAGUCGUUUUGGCCCGCGUUAUCAAAAUCCUCGGCAGGACCGGAUCCCAGGGCCAGUGCACCCAGGUGAAAGUCGAGUUCAUCGGGGAACAGAACAGGCAGAUCAUAAGAAACGUCAAGGGACCCGUGAGGGACGGUGACAUCCUCACGCUUCUCGAGUCCGAAAGGGAGGCCAGAAGACUCAGAUAGUCGAUUCCAGGACUGUUACCUUUAAAAAGAUCCGACCAACACCUGGACACUACAUCAAGAUAAUUUUUUAUUUAAAUGUACUAUUUCUAAAAUACAAUUUUGUUCUAAGAUAAAUAUUUUUGUCCCA